AUGCCUAAAGCAAAGAGUUGGGAGGAGGAGGGUGCAGUGGAUGCUGCGAGGCAGCCAACGCGACACUCGAUGCAGGGCAAAGAGCGCUAUAGAUUUGUGAGGAUAGUUGCUGAGAGAAGACGAUUGCAGUCGCCAGACAACGAAGAAGGGAAGUCUUGUUCGAGUAGAUGGACCACCGAGAGAAAACCAACAGCCAAGAGAGGAGGGAUUGCUAUCAUCGGACAGCGAGCAAUUCGGGAUAGAGAGCGCUUCGCCAAUGAGGAAGAACGGGCAGGCGCUUUGCCGAUGAGGAGGAUCGAUGGUGGUAGAGAAGAGAUACUGAAGAAAGAAGGAGAGCACUUCGCCGAGAGGAGAAUACUCGGAGAUGAGGAACUGCUCGUCGAACGGCAAGAAAGAGAAGGCUUCACCAGUGAAGAAGAACAUGCAUUCAAAUCAUGCUCUCGCCAUCCUCUCAUCACUUGCAUCCAGAUCAGAAUGGAGAACGUAAUUUCGCAGCCACACGUUCCAGGUGAUGAAGUGGUGAUUCGCAAGUCUGCAAGCUACCAUCCCACCGUUUGGGGUGAUUACUUUAUCUUACAGGCCCAUAUGCAGGAGUGCGAUGCAAGGAUGCAAGAGAGAGCUGCAGAACUGAUGGAGCAGGUAAGAAGCAUGUUCAAGGACACUACCGACAUCUUGCAAACUAUGGAGUUGGUCGAUUCUAUCCAGCUUCUUGGAUUGAGUUAUCACUUCGAGAAAGAAAUAAGUGAAGCAUUAAAACGAGUCCAUGAUGCCGAUUUGAACUGUCAUGGUCUCUACGAGACUGCUCUCCGGUUUCGCCUGCUGAGACAACAAGGGUAUCAUGUGACCCCUGUUGUCUUUAACAAGUUCAAAGAUGAGGGAGGGAGUUUCAUGUCUACCUUGGGGAGUGACGUGAAAGGACUGUUAAGCUUGUACAACGCAGCCUAUCUUGGGACUCAUGGGGAGAUCAUUCUUGAUGAAGCCAUCUCUUUUACGAGGAAUAGCCUAGUGUCUGCAUUUGCUGAUCUUAAACCACCAUUAACAACGCAAGUGUCUCUUGACCUCGAGACACCUCUCUGUAGGAGAAUUAGAAGGCUCUUGGCAAGAGAUUACAUAUCUAUAUACCAAGAGGACGCCACGCGAGAUGAUGCCAUCCUGGAGCUUGCAAAGUUGGACUUCAAUUUGCUGCAAUCUCUUCAUCGCGAGGAACUUAAGAACAUUACCAAGUGGUGGAAUGAUUUAGCCUCCUCAAAAAAUCUCAGUUUUGCUCGAGAUAGAUCGGUGGAAUGCUAUUUCUGGAUCCUGGGAGUGUACUUUGAAGCCUAUUAUUCUCGUGCACGAGUGAUAACGACCAAGGUGAUUGCCCUUACUUCAAUUUUGGACGACAUAUAUGAUGUUUAUAGCACAUUGGAGGAGAGUCAACAACUAACUGAGGCAAUUCAAAGGUGGGACGUGAAGAUUAUAAAUCAAUUACCAGAGUACAUGAAAGAUUAUUAUCUAAAGCUAAUGCACACCUUUGAAGAGUUUGAAGAUUUAUUGGCUUCCAGUGAGAAAUAUCGCAUAACCUAUCUAAAGGAAGCGAUGAAAGAUUUAUCUAAAGCUUAUUUUGAGGAAUCCAAAUGGAGAGAUCAACAUUACGUACCAACUUUGGAAGAACAUCUACAUGUUUCCCUCAUCAGUUCAGGACAUCCUAUGCUCGAAUGUGCUUCUUUCAUUGGAAUGGGAGAAAUAGCAACUAAGGAGGCAUUUGAGUGGAUUACUAGUUUCCCAAAGAUUGUCCAAGCUUCUGCAAUAAUUGGUCGUAUCAUGAAUGACAUUACUUCACAUGAGUUGGAACAAACUAGGGAACAUGUUGCCUCCACAGUCCAAUGCUACAUGAAAGAAUACGGAACAAAUGUGCAUGUGGCAUGUAAGAAGCUCCAAGUUCUAGUUGACGAUGCAUGGAAGGAUAUAAACAAAGAGUGCCUCAAUCAAACUGCAUUCCCCGUUGCUUUACUUCAAAGGAUUGUUAAUUUUUCACGAAUGAUUGAAAAUUUAUAUAAGUACAUCGAUGGAUAUACCAACUCCUCUAUGAAGACGAAAGAAUAUAUCUCUUUGUUACUUGUACAUCCUGUUCCACUUUGAUUGUAUGACGAUGCUUGCUUCUUCUAUGAAUCCUUUAUUCUGAAAUAUAUGUAAGCCUUUGUAAAUAAACGUGUAUUGUACUAUGCUUGCUUCUUCUAUGAAUCCUUUAUUCUGAAAUAUAUGUAAGUCUUUGUAAAUGAAUGAAAUAUAUGUAAGCCCUGGGAAGCUCAAGCCAGUAUUAUCUAUGAAAAACAGAAAUCUUUGCUUAA